CUACAGGCUGUGUAUAUGAAGCUGGAAGAUUCAAGGGCACAUAUUGCGCAGGAUACGGUGCUGAUUGGCGGAUUGCAGGAGAAAGUUGUGGAGUUGCAGGCGCUGGUACAGAAGCAGAAGGUUACGAUCAGUAAUCAGAGCAAGACGAUUUCGGAUCCGAGGAUUAUUAGGAAGCAGUCGCAGCAACAGCAACAGCAGCAGCAGGUCCCUGGUUGUGGUAAUGGGGCUGUUAUGCCAAUGACGCCCCAGCGGCAUGGGCAGGGACAAUGUCAGGGUUUGUCGCCGUUUGAGAGUCCGUAUUCGACUAGGUCGGGGUUUUCUGGUGCGUCUGGUGCGUCUGGGGCUGGGGUUGAAUAUUCCCCUCCGCCUCCGAUGUUCGAUAUUAACGGUAACGGUUUUGUUCCUCAGUUUCCGGGACAGUGCUGGGGUCAGCCGUUGCCUGGUGUUAACCCUCUUCCUCUACCUUCGAUUUGGGAUCCUCUCGCCUGGUCCAAUGGCAAUCCUUAUGCCGUCGCGUAUCUCGAUCCUACUACUUGCAUUUCAGAGUUCUCCUCCCGACUUCGCGAGCUGUGGACGAAGACGGAGCUUUUUGGUCAGGUUCAUGCGAAUGUUCCCAGCAUCUACAAGGAUAGUCAUCUGGACAAACGGGUGAAGGAGUAUAUCAUGUCUGUGUCGGAUAGACAGGGGGCGUCUUCCCUGCUGGGCAGUCCUGCGACGCGAUUCUUCCUUGUCGCCAAGGCGAUUAAUGCUUUUCUGGUUCGGGAUGUGUUGAAAGUAACGGUUAUCAAGGGCUUCGAUGCACAGGCGGAUAUGGAGAUUGGGGGUAUCAAAAAGCAACUGUUCCCAGAUACACCCACCCCCAUCCGCCACAUAAUGGUAAUAGCCAUGACAACCAAAAUCCAAACCCUCAAAACAAAGCCCAACUUCAUCGAAUUCUGCCAGCAAAAAACCCUCGACCACAUGCAGAAGCUCUGGCACCUCAUCGGGCCCCUAACUCACCCCCAAUCCAACACCACCAUCGAUCCCCUCACCGGCAACAGCCAAGCCUGGACAGACCUCUCUGCCAUCGUUUCAGAAGCCGAAAUGCUCGCGCUGGAUAUGUACUCCAUACCCUUUGAAUACCGGUCUGAAUUCCCCGCUGUGGAUGAGGCGUUUGAUCCGGCUACGAUGGUUAACAGUGAUGCGUUUGUCAUGGGUGAUCCGGCUGUUUUGGUGGGGAGUGAUUGUCGGGUUAGGUUGGGGGUUACACCUGUUGUUAGGGCGAGGGAUAAUUCAGAUUGUGAGGUGGGAGUUGUUAGGGUUGUUAGUAUGGGGAAUGUGUUGUUAAGGAUGGGUGGGCAUAAAUGAUUCUGUCUGGAUAGGUUCGGGAUCUUUGAUUCUUUUGUUGAUUUGGUUGGAAACAUGCGUGGUUAUUGGAUUUUUAUGCUGCCACUUCUCUUCUGAUUGAACAUUUCGUGGACUUGUGAUCUGUUUCGUUCACUUUAUCGUAUUCUGGG